AGGCGCCUGUCUUGCAACUCAUCAAAACUGUAAGCCCUCCGCUGUUACACCGUUCCUGUUCACUGACUGCUUAGGGCUCUAUCAUAAUGUACGCCGGAUUGGAACUAGGACUUCUUGUUCUGGCCGCGGUCGGGUCCUUGCAUAAUAGCCGCAUGUUUAUUGCUUCAUCCGUCUUGCAGCUUCUAUCGGCUCUUUUCAUACUGACCGUAAGCGUCGUGGAUCAUAGCCGCAGCCCUAGACCGUCGAUUCUGCUUAACGGCUACUUGUUUCUCACACUUCUCCUCGAUAUUUCCCGAGCCAGGACUCUUUUCCUGUCUUCAGACCGUGAUUCCGAGAUAAUAUACAGCAGUAUAUUCUGUGCAUCUGUUGGUCUGAAGACGGUUGUCCUGUUAUUAGAGGCCUGCCAGAAGGCUAAAUGGGUAACCUGGGACGCAACGAAGCACAGCCCUGAGGAGACGAGUGGAAUCUUCUCGCUCGGCGUCUUCUUCUGGCUGAAUAAACUAUUCUUGGCUGGAUAUAGACAUAUCUUCACACUCGAAACCCUCUACCCCCUCGAUAGCACAUUCGACGCACAAGCACUGCAUGAGGCAUUCGCGAAGAACAUAGACUACGCCAAGAUGAGGGGUGAUAGAUUCGGCCUUCUUAAGGUGUUAGUGCGUACAUUACGGGGGCCACUGCUCCUGCCUAUUCCUCCGCGGGCAGCUUUGAUUGCGUUUUAUGUCUGCCAGCCUCUUUUUAUCGAGAGUCUGAUCAAGCAUCUGUCUCGUUCGGAACCAGAUCCAAACGUGGGAAAGGGGUUAAUCGGGGCUGCCGUGCUUAUCUACUCUGGGAUUGCAGUCUCAUAUGCGUUGUACUGGUACUGCCAUCAUCGACUGCGGACGAUGGUCCGCUCCAUACUUGUCACCGAGACCUUCGUAGCUGCCACCAGACUCCAACUGGGAUUAGGCAAUGAUAGUGCGGCACUGACACUCAUGAGCACAGACAUGGAGCGGAUCAGAAUGGGUCUCCGCUGUGUGCAUGAGGCAUGGGCGAACAUGAUCCAGGCGGGUCUCGCUGCCUGGAUGCUUUAUAGGCAAAUCGGUAUCGCGUUCGUUGCCCCCGUGGGUGUGGUGAUAGGUUGUUUCAUUGGCUUGGGGAUCCUGAUCAACUUCACCGGCGACUCGCAACGAGCGUGGAUGUCCGGAGUCCAAAAACGGGUAGGGCUAACAGCCACAGUCAUUGCCAGUAUGAAAUCACUCAAGAUAUCUGGUCUGGCACCUCCCGUGACUGGAUACGUGCAGCAGCUGCGCAUCGACGAACUCGGUGCUGGUGUCCGAUUCCGCAGAAUCAUGAUUAUUGCCGCGGUCUUCGCAUGGAUCCCUCAGUUGAUCAGCCCUCCACUGACCUUUGCAUUUGCUCAGAGCACGCUAAACGCUUCAACAAUGUUCACGAGUCUUUCCUUCUUGACUUUGUUGACGCAGCCACUCUCGCAACUUUUCCAGUCUAUCCCAGAUUUUGUUUCGGGGUUGGCUUGCUUAGGUCGGAUCCAGGUAUUUCUGGAACUGGAGCCUCGUCAGGACUACCGGCAGCAUUUGGUGGAAGCCCCUAAUAGCACAGAGAAGGGCUCAGGACAACUAGACCCGGGCCCCACGGAAAGUAUACUCAUCCAAGACGCAAACUUCGGUUGGAAAGCAGACCAGUUCGUUCUGCACAAUAUCAACACUCGAAUCUCUGCCUCCUGCCUGACAAUGGUCAUCGGCCCCGUCGGCUCAGGUAAAUCAACCUUCUGCAAGGCACUCCUCGGCGAGAUUCCUUUCAUCAAAGGCAGCGUUGUGACGAACACGUCCUUCCGUCAUGUUGGCUUCUGCGAACAAACCGCCUUUCUUUGGAACGGCACUGUCAAGGAAAACAUCGUCGGAUUCUCCCCCUUCGACCGCGAGCGGUAUGACCAAGUCAUUGAGGCUACUGCUCUGCGCUUUGACCUGGAAACUCUACCCCAGGGAGACCGGACGAAUAUCGGUUCUGAUGGCGUAGCGCUUUCGGGAGGGCAGAAGCAGCGUCUGUCUCUUGCGCGAGCACUCUACCUGCCUUCGAUGCUGUUAAUCCUUGACGAUGUGUUUAGCGGGCUGGAUGCUGAUACCGAGGAGCAAGUCUUUUGGCAGGUCUUCGGGCCGAAUGGCUUACUGAGACAACGGGGGUCGACGGUGGUUUUAUGUACACAUAGUGUUCGACAUCUCCCGACUGCUGACUACAUCAUCGCGCUCGAAAACGGCAGCGUUGCAGAGCAGGGCACUUUUGCUGAUCUGUCGACUCUUCCGGGUUAUGUUCAGCGUCUGGAGGUCGGACUUAAGCAGGAGGAUGAGGAUGAUGCUGACGAACCUGGCCCUUCCCCAGAACAGAAGAAUAAGACCGGAGCUGUCAAACAACAACUCGAACCUGCGACGACUGCCAACAGCACGCUAUCCUCUGCUCCAAUUGCUCCAGCGGUGGCCAUGGCUCGGCAGGUCGGUGACGCCACCGUUUAUAAGCUCUACAUCAAGAGCAUGGGGUGGUUUGUGGCGGCUUGUAGUUUCUUCUUUGCGGCCCUCUGGGGCCUUUUCACUAACUAUCCAACUGUUUGUGCGUCCCCAAUUUGUUCCUCUUUAUCAAAGCUCUUGGAUUAACUUGGAAAAUCCA